UUUUGAGGGGGGUGUGAAGGUCUCACAGGAAGAACAUGGGAACGCUCGCCAUUUCAGACUUUCAUCUUUAUAGAAAAUUCCUCCCUUUACUUCUCCACUCCUCUCUCUCUCCUUCUCUCUUCCUCUCAGGCUCUCAGCCCCUCAAAAGCGCACGACUUGGUAUCAAAGCCCACAGCUUUUAUUUGCUGUUGGGGAGGAUAAACUUGUGCAACGCUUUCAUUGAUUUCCAUAGUGAAUUCUUUCUCACAUGAUACCUAUAAACAGGGACCAGAAGUCAGCCAAGGUCCGGCAGAUCUUGGUUAUUUUCAGGAAUGGAUUAUUCGCAAAGACGGAAGCCUUAUAUUCUUGGAAAAAUUCUUGUAGCUUUUAUUCUUAUAGUCUUUUGCAUUAUUACACUGAAACAAUCUCCUACUCACCGUAGCUCGAGCACCAGUGCGUUCUCUCGGCAUGAACCUGGGGUAACGCAUGUCUUAGUUACUGGUGGUGCUGGCUAUAUUGGUUCCCAUGCCACACUUCGUCUCCUAAAGGACUCAUAUCGAGUAACCAUAGUGGAUAAUCUUUCAAGAGGAAACAUGGGCGCUGUGAAGGUCCUCCAAAAGCAAUUUCCCGAGCCCGGUAGACUACAGUUCAUUUAUGCAGAUUUAGGAGAUGCACAAGCCGUUAAACAAAUAUUUGCAGAGAAUGCAUUUGAUGCUGUCAUGCAUUUUGCUGCUGUUGCUUAUGUUGGAGAGAGUACCCUAGAACCUCUUCGGUAUUACCACAAUAUCACUGCAAACACUCUGAUUGUUCUGGAAGCUAUGGCGGCGAACAACGUUAAAACUUUGAUUUACUCCAGCACAUGUGCCACAUAUGGUGAACCUGAAAAAAUGCCCAUCACCGAAAAAACUCCUCAGCAUCCAAUUAACCCGUACGGCAAGGCGAAAAAAAUGGCAGAGGACAUCAUUUUAGAUUUCUCAAAGAAAUCGGAUAUGGCUGUCAUGAUCUUAAGAUAUUUCAAUGUCAUUGGAUCAGAUCCAGAGGGAAGGUUAGGAGAGGCCCCGAGACCCGAAUUACGGGAACAUGGUCGUAUAUCCGGUGCAUGCUUCGAUGCAGCAUCGGGAAUUAUUUCAGGGUUAAAGGUUAAAGGAAAAGACUAUCCAACAACUGAUGGAACUUGUGUGAGAGACUACAUUGACGUCACCGAUCUUGUCGAUGCUCACGUCAAAGCCUUAGCCAAAGCUGAACCGAAGAAAGUAGGAAUAUACAACGUCGGCACCGGAAAAGGCCGAUCAGUGAAUGAGUUUGUAAAAGCAUGCAAGAAAGCAACUGGAGUCGACAUUAAAGUCGAGUACCUUGAUCGCCGUCCUGGAGAUUACGCCGAAGUUUACAGUGAUCCUUCGAAGAUCAACCGCGAGCUCAACUGGACAGCUCAGUACACUGAUCUUGAAAAGAGCCUUCGAAUUGCAUGGCAAUGGCAGAAAAAUCAUCGGAAUGGUUACGGACAAUCCUUGUUGACGGCAUCUUAAUUCUUAAUCGUGUCGAUUCGAUUGAAUAUCGUAUUGCAGAUCGAGAAUGCCGGUUUUUAAAAGUAGGAGAAAAGAGCUUCCAAUUCUACUGCAAUUUUUUUUGCAGAUUGAUAUUUGAUGUUUAGGCAGUUCAAAGGAUAGAGAGCUACAGAUCAUUUGUUAUUUUUAUACAUUGACAGUGGAAAUUUAAUAAUCAAAUGCAGAUGAAUAUCACUCAUUGGAUUA